AUGCAGAGUUACUUCUGGGAUUUGUUGCGUGGUAAAAGCACUGAGGAUUCCAGCAAUUUCACUGAAGCCCACAUGGGUGAGGAAAAUAACUUCUACUACAACGAGGAGUUGAAAACUUGGGUAGUUCGAGGUGAGGAGGAGCAGGUGGCAAGGGCGGCACGUGAAGCGCCUCCGCCACCGCGACCAUCCGAAAAUGGUAAAGUUACCCAACGUCCAGCCACGAGUGAUGUUCAAAUUGCAAGCACCACUGCACGCAGCCUUCUCACAUCUGACCAGUUGUACACUAGGAUACCAGGAAUAGAGGUAUCGGAGUCGAAAACAAAAGCCCAUGCAGAUCCGUUAAUCCCUUUGAAUGCUAAAUCGCAAUUCGUUCCGGAUAGGGCAAACGAUGACGACAGCUAUGAUUUUAUUAAUUAA